AUGAGCUAUACAGCAUACUCUGAUGGCUAUACAGCAUACCCUGAUGGCUAUACAGCAUACUCUGAUGGCUAUAUAGCAUACUCUGAUGGCUAUACAGCAUACUCUGAUGGCUAUGCAGCAUACUCUGAUGGCUAUACAGCAUACACUGAUGGCUAUACAGCAUACUCUGAUGGCUAUACAGCACACUCUGAUGGCUAUACAGCAUACUCUGAUGGCUAUAUAGCAUACUCUGAUGGCUAUACAGCAUACUCUGAUGGCUAUAUAGCAUACUCUGUUGGCUAUAUAGCAUACUCUGAUGGCUAUACAACACACUCUGAUGGCUAUACAGCAUACUCUGAUGGCUAUACAGCAUACUCUGAUGGCUAUACAGCAUACUCUGAUGGCUAUAUAGCAUACUCUGUUGGCUAUAUAGCAUACUCUGAUGGCUAUACAACACACUCUGAUGGCUAUACAGCAUACUCUGAUGGCUAUAUAGCAUACUCUGAUGGCUAUAUAGCAUACUCUGAUGGCUAUAUAGCAUACUCUGAUGGCUAUACAGCAUACUCUGAUGGCUAUACAGCAUACUCUGAUGGCUUCACAGCAUACUCUGAUGGCUUCACAGCAUACUCUUGA